AUGGUGGAGAGGUUUCAUCGGCACCUCGAGGCUGCCUUGAUGGCGCGUCCUGUCCGCUCCCACUGGACAGAUGCCUUACCCCUAGUGCUUCUCGGCGUCCGUUCUGCCUUCAAGGCCGACCUUGGCUGCAGUGCGCCUCCCCGCCGAAUUCUUCGUCGAGUCAAGCUCGCCCUCCACCCCUUCCGAGCUCCUCGAUCGCCUCCACCGCGUCUUCGACAGCCUCCCACCCGUGCAAUCUCCUCCUGCAAGCCCUACGUCCCGCAACAACUUGCCACUGCCACCCAUGUUUUCCUCCACAUCGACGGAGUUAAGCCAUCCCCUGUUCCCCCUUUACUGGCCUCCAUCCCGUUCUGCACCGCUCUGACAAAACCUUCCGCAUACUCAACGGACGGGAAGAGACAGUCAGCCUGGAUAGGCUUAAGCCCGCCUUCCUGGAGAAUGCGGACCCUUCCGUCUCGUCACUCUCGAACACCACAGACUUCGACCGUACACCUUCGCCCAUCGACUGCCAGGCCCGAGCACUCAAAACCGUCACCUGGUCCGAUCGUUCCUCGCUGUUCCCAGUGGGGGCGACGAAAGCGGCGCUUGCAGCCGCCGGACGUAGAAGCCGACGAGACAGCAGCGCCACCCGGCGCGAUCUUAACAUUCUGGCCCGCAGCUUCUAUUCCUCACGGACGUUCAGUCCAGUCCAGCCUUCGGACAAUAAACUGCUGUCCUCAACUUGGAAUACUCUCAUUCCUACAGUUCGUUACAGUAUCGAAAGCUUGA